CAAACUGUACAUCAAUAAUUCAUUUCUCUACAUAUAAACCAACGUUACAAACAAAUACUCUUUUCUUUUUUCUUUUCUUUUUUUUUUUCCUGAUGGAGCAUAGAUAGAAAGAGAGGUUUUGAUAUGGCAUGAGCCUAUAUAAUUCUUUUUUUUUUAUCCCAUACAUGGUGUUUAAAUGCCCUUCAAACGCAAAAAGACACAUGAGAACAAGAAUGUCUUCAAGGCGUGUCCAUGCUCAUCAAUGCCUUUUUCUUUCACUGAAUACACACAAGCAAAUGAUUUCUUGACCAUGACUGGAUUUCAAAUCAGAACGUCAUCUGCAGGCAAAUAAAAUUUCUUUCUUGUUUUUUUUCUCUUUCUCUCCUUUGUUAGAUCCCUAAGCUUAGACGAAAAUGAAGUUGGUUAGAUUCUUGAUGAAGUUAAAUAAUGAGACAGUGUCUGUUGAGUUAAAGAACGGUACUGUGGUCCAUGGAACCAUUACAGGUGUUGACAUGAGCAUGAAUACCCAUCUCAAGACAGUCAAGAUGACCGUAAAGAACAAAGAUCCUGUCAGUCUCGACACACUUAGUGUACGUGGCAACAAUAUUCGUUGUGUCAUUCUGCCUGACAGUUUGCCUUUGGAUACAUUAUUGAUUGACGAUUCUCCGAAAUCAAGAAAGAAGAAGGAUGAAGAUGGUGCUGGUCGUGGCCGUGGAAGAGGCAUGCGUGCUGGUGGACGUGGUGGUGCUCGUGGAAGAGGCAGACGUUAAGCAGUUUUAAUAAUAAUAAAAAAAAACGAAAAAAAGGGAGGGCAAGAUUUAUUAGCUGUUAAGAGAGGGUAU